GUCUCGCGGUCCGGUUGGAACCAAGCCGCGUUCCUGCCGCGUCCCCUAAACAGGGGGUUUUAUUAAUCAUUUUAACAGGGGGUACAGGUAUUUUCAGUGGUUUGGGAUUUAGGGGGGUGGGAGGUGGGUGUCGGCCAGCCUAGAAGCCUCAAAGUGACUGGUCUAGGAAGCAAACAGGAUGCAUUUUUCAGUUUGAGAAGUAACCUAAGAAGGGAUCAAAGGACUCGUUUGGGGGUUACUCACUCACUACCGUGUGUUGCUCGAAGGCGUGCAAUGGCUCUGCUGUGAAUUUGUUUAAAACAAUUUUCAUCGACUGUAGAGCAAAAUCGGACUAUAUUGUGUCUAAAAUAGCAACCACAGAACAAUCACAAUUCACACUUGAAGGGAGAAGACAGUGAGAACACAAGAAAUCCAGCACCCUGCAGAAUUAAACAGUGUGAGACUGAAGAACAAAGAGACCCGAUGGAAGUGAACAAAAACAAGAGAAAGAAGCAGAAACAUGCUGAAGAGAAACUGCACGCAUGUGAUCAAUGUGGCAAGAGCUUUGCAAACAAAAGACACCUUAAGGAACACAUGAUAAUCCACAACAGAGAGAAUCCGCAUACAUGUGAUCGGUGUGAUGAGAGUUUCACCUGCAAAGAAGACCUUGAGAAACACAUGAAAACCCACACUGGAGAGAAGCUGCACACAUGUGAUCUGUGUGGCAAGGGUUUCAAACUCAAAUCACGGCUUGGGAUGCACAAGGUAAUCCACACUGGAGAGAGGCCGCACACGUGUGACCAGUGUGGAAAGAGUUUUUCACAAAAAGCGCACCUUAUGGCGCACAUGAAAAUCCACACCGGCGUGAAGCCGUACAAAUGUGAUCAGUGUGGGAAGAGAUUCCCGCGAAAAGACGGUGUUAUGAGACACAAGGUAAUCCACACUGGAGAGAUGGCGUACACGUGUGAUCAAUGUGGGAAGAGUUUUUACAUCAAAGGAGGCCUUGCGUCACACAUGAAAAUCCACCAUGGAGCGAUGCUGCACCCAUGCGAUCAGUGUGACGAAAGUUUCAGAGGCAAACGAGAACUUAAUCAACACAUUAAAAAAAUCCACAUUGGAGACAGACCCCACAAAUGUGAUCAAUGCGGGAAGGGUUUCACGCGGAAUGAACACCUUCGAAGACACAUGAUCAUCCACACCGGAGAGAAGCCGUACCCGUGUGAUCAGUGCGGGAGGAGCUUCAAUCUAAAGCAAUCACUUAAGGGCCACAUGUUGGUUCACACUGGAGAAAAGCCCCACACGUGUGAUCAGUGUGGGAAGGGUUUUACAAGCAAAGUAAGCCUUACGGCACACAUAACUAUCCACACUGGAGAAAAGCCGUACACGUGUGAGCAGUGCGGGAGGGGUUUUGCGCAGCACCGAGGCCUAACUGAACACAUGAAAAUUCACACUGGGGAGAAGCCACAUAAAUGUGAUCAAUGUGGGAAGAGAUUCACACAAAGAUCACACCUUCGUGUACACAUGAAAAUCCACACUGGAGAAAAGUCACACAAGUGUGACGAAUGCGGUAUGAAAUUCACACAUAGAUGCAGUCUUAAAUAUCAUCUACAUACCCAUUCUAAAAACAGACCUUUCUACUGUGAAAAAUGCGGCAAGGGUUUUAUUACGGAAUCAAGCCUGAAGAACCACCUUAAAGUUCAUGCGAAAGUCCGAAAUUAUGCGUGUUCUGUGUGUGGAAUGAGUUUUACUCUGUUGAGUGUUUUUAAACUCCACCAGAAGAGACACAGCUCUGUGAAGUCUUUUAUGUGCUUUGAGUGUGGGAAGUCCUUUUUUACAAGCACUGAACUGAAACAGCACCAGACGAGUCACACUGAAGAGAAACCUUACAAGUGUUCGCGCUGUGACAAGACAUUCACUCUGUUGGGAAACAAGAAAAAACAUGAGAGGAUCCAUACUGGAGAGAAGCCAUAAACACUGCCAGUGGAGAAGAGUUUUAGAAAAUAAGCUUCUCUAUGCAGUCAUACAAAACAAAUUAUGAAAUCACAGCUUUCUUGUGCAUAAAUCUGUUCUAACCAACCACAGUUUGUGUGAGGAUGAGCAUUUUGUCACAGUGAACAAAGUUCAUUUUCACGUCCACCUGUUUCAAGUGUGAGCUUCAGGAGUUCCUCCCAAAAAGUUUCACACAUAAUUUUCUCAUGCUUAUGUAGCUUAGUUCAUUUAUUCUCUUUUAUGAAAGAAAGUAGUUGUUUACAAAAUGUAGUUCAUGAAGGUUUUAGAGACAUCUUACAUAUAUAUCUUAACUUGUUUGUCAUUGUAUCUGGAACAUGUAGCUAUUCUGCCACUUAUGAUAUAGUUACUAUAUUUCUAUGCAAGAUAUGGCUGCGAUCAAGUAACUUUGCAACUGGUAACUGCUUCUCUUCUUUUCUUGAGAUGGUUUGGUUAUCUUUUUACUUUAUUUUUGUAUUUUGUA